CGUUUUAUCAGUUUUUUACCCACCUCUUUCUUUUAAUUAUGCAACAUCGUUUCUCAGUAUGGGCAGCGAUAGCAUUGUCGUUGUCGUCUUGCGUUCAGUUUGCUGCGACGGCAGAUAACCCUUUGACAUCUCCUUUCGAUCUCGUGCCUGAUUUUCGCACGCCCAAAAACUUUGCAUUUGUAGCCACUACCGGUGGUUCAUCUCACGUCAACUGGGUGCUUUCCAUCAUGAAUGAUCUGGGCAACCGAGGACACAACGUUACAUUUUUCACAGAGGACGACCAUAUAAAAUUUGCCAAGCCUUAUCCCAAUAUCAAUGUGGUCUCCUUUGGUCCUCCCAAGUUCAACCCAAAGGAGUUUAUACAAGAGACCUCGCAUUUGGAUCCCAUCAUGAUGGCCCAAAUUGUCAUUGGAGCUUUUUCAGGCGUCUACGAGCCAGAAUACCGAACUUAUAAUGAUUUGUUUGCAACGCAGCUUUACGACGUCGUUGUGUGUGAUCACUUUGCCUCACCGUGUCAGGAUGCCGCGAGAUCCAACAACAUUCCUUUCGUUGUGACCAUGUCAUCUGCUUUGACCCCGGACGCUUCCGCUCCUUACAUCAAUAACGAUCCUUUCACUAUAGCUGAAGGAGGCAGCCUUCAAAUGUCGUUUAUCCGUCGGUUUUAUGUCAAGUUUAUUCUUCCUUUGCGUGUGUACUGGAACAUGAGUCCGGUCAUCAAAGAUCUCCAAAAAACAAAGGAUGCUUUGAAAGUCAAGCCUUACGACCCUAUGAAUCCAUGGAAAGAUUCACUGAAACUUAUCAACAACGUAUUUGGCAUCGAAUCACCGCGCCCCAUGGGCUCUCUUGUAGAGCUGGUUGGCCCUAUCAUUCCUAAACGCCAUAACGGUUUGACUCCGGAGCUGCUUGAUUUCCUGAAUUCUCAUCAACGUGUCGCUUAUGUUGCUUUUGGUCAACAUGCCAUUCCGUCAAAGGAAGAUGUGCAAACUGUCCUGACUGCCUUGACGGAAGCAAUGGAGGAUGGCGUAUUGGAUGGAUUUGUCUGGUCUACGGUUGUGUCGGGAGAUCGGUUCCCGUCAAGUAUCACCACAUCGCGUAAUACGACGUUUAGCAUGGACGACAUGGCCCGUCAAGCCCAUCCUCACGCUUGGCUGAUGAAAUGGUGUCCUCAGGUAGCCUUGUUGCAGCAUCCGUCCACCGUUAUGUUUGUUUCUCAUGGCGGCUUGGGAUCUUUGCAUGAGUCCUUGUAUGCUGGCAAGCGUUUGCUGGUGUACCCUUUCUUUGGUGAUCAGCCUAGCAAUGGUCUUCAAGCAAAAUACACUGGCUACGGAGACGUUUUGGAUUACAGACAGCCCCAGCAUGUGAACAAUGAAUUGUUGAAGCGUGUUGCCGCCGAUGUCGACGGUUCCAUUCAGAGAACGGUGGAGCGUUACCAGGCUUUAGUGCAAAUCCACUCGGAACGCGGUAUUCAGCGAGGUGCCGAUCUAUUGGAAGAAGUUGCCUUUGUUCACCAGAAUGGCCUGUUACCUCAUCGCUAUGAAGACGCACGACAGAUGUCCUGGAUCAAAGCGAACAACAUCGAUCUGUAUGGCGUCUUGUUUUUAUGCUUUGCUGCCACUAUCAUGGGCUUGCGUCAGGCUUUCCUUGCCAUUACCCACAAGCCAUUGGUGUCAGUCGCAAAAGCCAAAACGCUUUGAGACGCCGAACAAAUAAAUCGCUCACGGUAGGGAUUAUUCACCCAUUAUUUGUUUGGCUGUCAAAAAGGCAAGACAAAUGAAUUAAACAAGAUUUUAUGCUCCGAUCGGUCGGUAGGCGGUGGUUGGUUGUGAAUUAAUUUUCGAUUCACACAGCCAAGUUCCCAUGAAUGAAAUAGCUUUCUACUUGUAUGUCAUACCCUACCUAUUGGCUUUACUUGCAUAGACUACUUCUAUCACUGUAAAAUAUAUUGUAUAGUUUUCUUUUGCAGCUUACUUGUCUUACAACGUGGUAUAAAAUUGACGAGGGGAAAGAAGUAAAACUUACUCACUUUAUUCCCGGAACCUAUUGUUUCGUAUAGAUAAGGUACAAGGAUACCUUCUUCGACACGAUAGCAUCAAUAGACUAUCCUAUAAAGGCAAAAAUAAGAAUGAUAAGCAAUGGUAAUGGCGAUACAGAAAGAUAAAUGAUAAUUUAUCACAGGAAAG